ACAGUUUGCCUCGGACCCAUUAUAAUGCUUCCCUCGGAUCAACAGCGCAAACAGAGGGACGUGUUUGAAGAAGAUACGUUAUUUGUUGCAGGGGGGAGUCCACAGAACCCAGCGGGGUAUUACUCCCCUGCCUAUGCUACGAACAUGAGCAGGAAUGAUACUGCUCUCCAUGCAAACCCACCGCCUCAUCCUGUCAUCCGGGGCUCUCAGGAGCGAUCUCCGAGCUACGAACCGUGCGCAGGUUGCCAGUGGCCACCCAGCAACAGCAGACCACAGGUUCAGCCUGGAUACGACACGGCUCCUCAAUAUGUGGCUUGGCCGCCGACCCAUGGUUCAAUAGCGCAACAACCGAUGUAUGCGCAGCCUAUGUAUGGACUUGACACAACGUACAGUAACAGUGGCACGAUAUCCCCCACCUCGACAAAUUUUCCUAUCACUCAGACCGCAUCGGCAUCUUAUGCUCGCAUGAGCGAACCCUAUGGUCAAUUCUCUCCUGAGGUUACUGUACCCGUUGUGCCUAGUCAACGAGACUUGGACCCACUAGCGUACACGACGCACGAUGGCAACGGAUCGCCGUUCAAUCACCAGGUGCCAAAUGUUACUUCUUCCGGCGCGACGGAUGACCGGAGGCAAGAGUCUGCUGUGGAGGCAGUGGAACUGCAUACCGGGCGAUGGGCGUGCCCCAAAUGCUACCCGACCAGAACGUACGCGCGGCACACGGAAUGUCAUCGCCAUAUACGCGAUCACCACUUGAAUCUACCUCGGCAUGAAUGUCCUUACUGUGGCAAGACGUUUCCACCGGCUCGGAAGGAGCAGUUGAGCAGGCACGUUCUCAAGGACCACCCUGAGUGGGCUGCGAGCUGGGUCGUCUAGACUGUGUCUCUUAUCUAACGUCGCUGCCGUCUUUAGAGACUGCGGAACGCCCGGCGGUUCUGCACUGUCGCUGUUUCGCGCCCAUAUUUCUUGCGCUUCCAUUUCUACCGUUAUUCGUAUUCUCACCGCUACCGUGCAAUCCCCGUAGACAUACUGCGUUGCCCAAGAAUCCUGACUGUUCCCAACGCCGUUGCUUGCAAUCCCUAGUUUGGCAGCCACCCG